AUGUUGUCUUCCAGAUUGGCGUUGUUGGGAUCGUCAUCAUUGUCCUUUACGCGGACGUUUGCAUCGUCAUCAAUCCACUUGUCUAAUAUCGGUAAGGUCCCAGUAAGAUUAUCUGAAGGAGUUGAGUGCUAUACAGAAGAUCUUCCUAAAGAAUUCGCUAGAAAGUUCCGUAAAGGUAAAGACAUACACUAUUUGGAUCGGUUGAUUGUCGUAAAGGGACCUAAAGGAGAAUUAAAAGCCGAAGUACCCAGUUUUGUCAACUUGCAAAACGAAAACAACCAUGUCACAGUUACUGUCGCAAACCCUCAAGAUAAACUUCAAAGAUCCAUGUGGGGUACUGCCAGAUCGAUUGUUCAGAAUAAUAUGAUUGGUUUAACAGAAGGUCACUUGGCUUUUGUCAAAUUUGUUGGAACUGGUUACAGGGCAGUGUUGGAAAAGGAUGCAAAGGGGAAAGAUGUUAUAGCACUUAAAGUUGGUCAAAAGUUCACUCCAAGAUUACCAGUUCCAAGUUAUUUGACGGUUUCACUUCCUAAUCCUGCUAGAUUAUUGAUUGAAGGCGCUGAUAAGCAAAAGGUCUUUGAGUUUGCUGCGGCUAUCAGAGCUUAUAAGAAGCCUGAACCUUAUAAAGGUAAGGGUAUCUUUAUUAAUAAUGAGACCAUCAGAAUGAAGGAGAAGAAGCUUAAAUAA